AUAAUAUUAAAAGAAAAACAUCGACGGCAUCAUUUCCAACAGAUAUCUAUUGUUUAUCUUUAUCAGCAACAAUCUUGGACAAUUUUCGUGUGAUUGAUGGUAGAAAAUUUCAUAAUGUAGAAAAUUCACCGUAUUCAUUUCCGAUCGAUGAAAUAUCAAAUUAUAAUCAUGAUGUGCAACAUGAUAUUUAUAAAGAAAUAUGGGGUGAAAAUUUUUCCUCUCCUGUUCAUGAAAUAUUAAAAUUAGGCAAUGCAAAAGUAUUAGAUUGUGGUUGCGGAUCUGGGAAAUGGAUUAAAGAGAUGGCAAUAGCAUAUCCAAAUUCGACAUUUAUCGGUAUAGAUCUAAGUGUAUCGUUGACACCAGAUGGAAAUGAGAAGCCGUUGAACGCGGGGUUCCUUGAAGUUAAUAUAAUAGAAGGACUACCAUUUCCAGAUAAUACAUUUGAUUAUAUAUUUCAAAGAAACAUGAUAUCAGCAUUCAAUGAUUCACAAUGGCCAAUAAUAGUUAAAGAAUAUUCAAGAGUAUUAAAGCCUGGUGGAUAUUUAGAAUUAUGUGAAUAUAAUAUUAAAAGUGAUAAUCUUAUAUAUAGUGGAAAAUUAUUAAAUGAAUCUGUCAAAGGACAUUUUGAAUCAUAUGGAUUUACGCCAAUAUUAGCAUAUUUAUUACCAGUUUUUUUGGAAAAAUCGAAAGAAUUUAAACCAACUGUGGUAAUGGAAAAAGAAAUUAGAAUAGGGUCAUGGGGCGUACAAGCGAUAUUGAAUAUUGACGAUGACGAAUUUGAAAAAUUAUUAAACGAUUUUUUUAAUGAAUCAAAAGACAUAAGAAAUCGAAUGUCUAUAAAAACUUUUCGUGUAUAUGGUAGAAAACAAUAA